CCCUGUUGUGAGGAGAUGCAGACCCUGGCUGUGGGAUCUCCUGGGACGAGGGCCAAGCAGCAGGUCCCACUGGACGCGGUUACUGACGAGGACGAGGCGUGGCCAGGACCUCCCGAGAGCCGCACAGGACGGAGUGACCAUGCCCUAGUGUGGUCACUGCCCCUGACCGCCCCCAGAAGCCCCAGCUCCAAUCAGGAGGCUGUGAUAAGCAGGACAGCCAGCCCCCCUCGAGCCAGGGUCAGUGAACCUUGCCCUGGAGGCCUGUCACUGCGGGGACAGAGACACUGUCCUUCUCACACCAUGGCGGGCCUGCUGUGCCUCGUCCUGCUCAGCACCUCCUUGGCAGGCCUCCUGCUGCCGGGGGGCAGUGUGUUCACUGACCGGGCACGUGCCCACACGGUCCUGGAGAGGGUCCGGAGGGCGAACUCGUUCCUAGAAGAGAUGAAGAAAGGGAACCUCGAACGGGAGUGCAUGGAGGAGACCUGCUCCUUCGAGGAGGCCCGAGAGGUCUUCGAGGACGUGGCCAGGACGAAUGAAUUCUGGAAUAAAUACAAAGAUGGUGACCAGUGUGAAAGCAAUCCUUGCCAGAAUCUGGGCGGAUGUAAAGAUGGCCUCGGGGAGUACACGUGCUCCUGCCUGGAAGGGUUUGAGGGCAAAAACUGUGAAAUACCCACUCAGAAACUCUGCAGCCUGGACAAUGGGGACUGUGAUCAGUUCUGCAGUGAGGAGGAGAACUCCGUGGUGUGUUCCUGUGCAAGCGGCUACGUCCUGGGUGACAAUGGCAAGUCCUGCGUGUCCACAGAGCCCUUCCCCUGUGGGAAACUCACUGUGGGGCGCAGGAGGAGGUGGGCCCGGGCCGCCUCUGACCUCGAGGAGCCCUCUGGAGCUGGCGUUCUGGAGCAGUACGACCCUGGAGACCUGGCUCCCACGGAGAGCGCCCUCCAUCUGCUGGACCUCAACGGGACAGCAGGGGAAAGCCCCGAGGACGACGGAAGCAGCCUGGUCCGCAUCGUGGGCGGGCGGGACUGCAAGGACGGCGAGUGUCCCUGGCAGGCUCUGCUCGUCAAUGAGGAAAACGAGGGGUUCUGCGGAGGCACCAUCCUGAAUGAGUACUACGUGCUCACCGCAGCCCACUGCCUCUACCAAGCCAAGAGAUUCAAGGUGAGGGUAGGUGACCGGAACACGGAGACGGAGGAGGGCAACGAGGCGGCCCACGAGGUGGAGAUGAUCGUGAAGCACAACAGGUUCGUCCGGGAGACCUACGACUUCGACAUAGCUGUCGUCAGGCUGAAGACGCCCAUCGUGUUCCGCAUGAACGUGGCCCCGGCCUGCCUGCCCAAGAAGGACUGGGCCGAGUCCAUGCUCAUGACUCAGAAGACGGGCAUCGUGAGCGGCUUCGGGAAGACCCACGAGAAGGGCCGCCCGUCCAGCACCCUCAAGAUGCUGGAGGUGCCCUACGUGGACCGGAACACGUGCAAGCUGUCCAGCAGCUUCUCCAUCACCCAGAACAUGUUCUGCGCCGGCUAUGACUCCAAGCCCGAGGAUGCCUGCCAGGGGGACAGUGGAGGCCCCCACGUCACCCGGUUCAAGGACACUUACUUCAUCACGGGCAUUGUCAGCUGGGGCGAAGGCUGUGCAAAGAAGGGGAAGUACGGGGUCUACACCAAGGUCACCAACUUCCUCAAGUGGAUUGACCGGUCCCUGAAGGCCAGGGCUGGGACACAAGUCUGAGCAGGGACCCUGGGGUCAUCCACUGGACACCCACGGGCUGUGCUGGGGUCUCGUGUCAUCUUCACGCCGGCCUGUCUGCAGGCUGAGCUCUGGAAUAGGUUUCCUGUCUGCUGUGGUUAGAUCUGUGUUGAUUCCUCACCCUGAUUUUUUUCUUGUUCUAUUGAAAUUAAUCUUCAUUUGGAA